CUCGAGGCGUGUGUGUGUGUGGUGGCAGCGAGAGCUCGAGGGGAGAAGCUCCGCCAAAGCGGGGCGGAGUCGGAAACGCGGAAAGCUCGAAGCUUGAGAUCCGGAGGAGCCGCGCGCUGCGCUCGGGGAGCUCUCAGUCGAGCUGCCGGGAUCCGUGGGCCUUCUUCUCCAGACUGCAGCAUCACCGCAUCUCGGUUAACUCCAUUUCCAAUUAAAGCUUAGAGAAAAGUAUCCAGAGUAAUAAUAUUAUUCCCCCUCCCCUGCCUGAUCUGGGCUUGCCAGGCCCCACAUCCACCCCUUUCCUUUCUCACCAUCAGAAAGCCGCCUCUCCUGGAAUUUCUCUUCGCGUUUUCUGAUUCUUAUUACUUAGGUUUUUUUUAUCCACUGCAUUGAAAAUGGACGGGUUCGCCGGCAGUUUAGACGACAGUAUUUCGGCGGCGAGCGUAUCAGACAUGCAGGACCGGCUGUCGUCUCUGGAACUGCGUGUACAGCAGCAGGAAGAUGAGCUCACCGUGAUGAAGGCCGCUUUGGCCGAUGUUCUCCGACGCCUUGCGCAGUCCGAGGACAUGGCCGCCAAGAAGCAGCAGAACACCAAAGGUCAGGCACCGCUGCGCGAGGCUUUCUCCAUGUCCUGCAUCGCUAACGGUGGCUCCAGCGGCCGCAAGUCUCACAGAGACAGCUCCACGGUGUCCGUAGCCAGGAAAGAGACGCUGUCCUCUGCAGCCAAAAGCGACAUGGAGAAGAAAAAAGACAAGCAUCCGCUAGAAGAGAUCAAGGAGAAGGAAGAGCCACCACAAGCUAACGAUAAACCCCCUUCAACACCCAGCACGCCACAGGCACCGUCCCCAUCCAGCCAACCCCCUUCCCCUCACCCCCUUCAGGCCCAGAGGGCCAUCCAUGAGAGCAAGGGGUCCUCCCCGGCCAAAAGGGGCCACAGUGCGAAGCGUGGUGGAGGAAUGGAGCGCUCUCAGAGCACCACGUGGGAGGGCGGAGAGGAGAACAGGAACAAGCUGGUCAAAGCCGCUUCCACUUCCAAACUGCUGGCGAAAGUCGUGAAGAACGCAGAGAAACACAGAGAUCCCGUUAUCAGCCAAGCAAAAAUGUCAACUCGCGAGAAAAACAGUCAAGAGGGCGACUAUAUCAAAAUGUUCAUGCGAGGACGACCGAUCACCAUGUUCAUCCCUUCUGACAUCGAGAACUACGACGACGUGCGAACUGAGCUUCCCCCAGAGAAACUCAAACUGGAGUGGGUAUAUGGCUACAGGGGCCGAGACUGUCGGGCAAAUGUUUAUUUGUUGCCCACAGGGGAGAUCGUCUACUUCAUCGCCUCAGUGGUUGUACUUUUCAACUAUGAAGAGCGGACACAGCGCCACUACUUAGGACACACUGACUGUGUGAAAUGUCUUGCUGUUCACCCGGAUAAGAUCCGAAUUGCCACAGGACAGAUCGCAGGAGUGGACAAGGAUGGCAGGCCGCUGCAGCCUCAUGUGAGAGUUUGGGACUCUGUCACGCUGCAAACUUUGCAAGUUGUUGGCCUGGGCACCUUUGAGAGAGGAGUGGGAUCCCUUGCUUUUUCUAAAGCGGAUUCGGGCAUCCAUCUCAGUGUGGUUGACGACUCUAAUGAGCACAUGCUGACGGUGUGGGACUGGCAGAAGAAGUCCAAAAUUGCUGAGAUUAAGACUACCAAUGAGGUUGUCUUAGCGGUCGAGUUUCACCCAACAGACGCGAACGCCAUCGUCACCUCCGGCAAGUCGCACAUCUUUUUCUGGACAUGGAACGGCAACUCUCUGGCUCGCAAGCAGGGCAUCUUUGGGAAAUAUGAAAAGCCCAAGUUUGUACAGUGUCUGGCGUUCCUCAGUAACGGAGACAUACUGACGGGAGACUCCGGGGGCGUUCUGCUCAUCUGGACCCGCAGCACAGCCGAUCCGCCACCAGGAAAAGGGCUGAAAGCAUUUCAGAUCAGCCGUCAGAUCAAAGCCCACGAUGGCAGUGUGUUUACACUGUGUCAGCUGAGGAAUGGCACUCUCCUGACCGGAGGAGGUAAAGACCACAAGAUCAUCCUGUGGGACCACGACCUCAACCCAGAGAGAGACAUCGAGGUUCCAGAUCAGUACGGAACCAUUCGAGCCGUUGCAGAGGGUAAGGGCGAGCAGUUUCUCGUGGGCACGUCACGUAACUUUAUCCUGAGGGGCACCUUUAAUGAUGGCUUUCAGGUGGAGGUGCAGGGUCACACAGAUGAGCUGUGGGGUUUGGCCUCUCACCCAUUCAAAGACCUGUUCCUCACCUGUGCACAGGACAGGCAGGUGUGUCUGUGGAACUCAGUGGAUCAUUCGCUGGAAUGGACCAGACUGCUGGACGAGCAUGGUCACUGUGCAGACUUCCACCCUAGCGGUGCUGUGGUUGCAAUUGGCACCCAUUCAGGGAAGUGGUACGUUUUAGAUGCUGAGUCUAGGGACCUGGUGGCCAUCCACACAGACGGCAACGAGCAGCUGUCAGUGAUGCGCUACGCUGUGGAUGGCACACUGCUGGCAGUGGGAUCACACGAUAACUUCAUUUACCUCUACACAGUGUCAGAUAAUGGACGCAAGUACAGCAGAUACGGGAAAUGCUCUGGACAUUCCAGCUACAUUACACAUCUUGACUGGUCCCCCGACAACAAGUUCAUUAUGUCCAACUCAGGAGACUAUGAAAUCCUCUACUGGGACAUUCCAAAUGGCUGUAAGUUGAUUCGUAACCGCUCUGAUUGUAAGGAUAUCGAUUGGGCUACGUACACGUGUGUGCUGGGAUUCCAUGUCUUCGGAGUGUGGCCGGAGGGUUCAGACGGCACAGACAUCAACGCUCUGGUCAGAUCUCACAACAGGAAAGUCAUCGCUCUGGCCGAUGAUUUUUGCAAGGUGCAUCUGUUCCAGUACCCCUGCUCCAAAGCUAAGGCCCCAAGUCACAAGUAUAGUGCCCACAGCAGCCACGUGACCAACGUUAGCUUCAUGCACAACGACAGACACCUGGUGUCGACAGGCGGCAAGGACACUAGCAUCUUGCAGUGGCGCUGUAUGGGCAUGAGCGAUCCUUUGCACAACUCAAGCACACGAGUCCAGGCCCCCGUGACUGCUGUUCCGACCUCUCUGCCUCUCGCCAGAAUGGAGCCGGAUGCCAAUACGCCACCCCCGACUCCCACCGAGCAACUGGAUGCCACCCCUAAUGGACAACAGGAAGAGCAUGAAACUCCACCUCAACCAGAUGAUCGCACACCUACUUCCGAUAGCACGGUGAGCCCAAAGGACAGUCUGGAGCCAAGCGAUGACACGGCCACGCCCAGUGAUGAGGGCACACCCUUCACUCCGCCCUCUUAAACCCCACCGGCUGAGGUGAUUAUCCCUGGUCUCCAUUAGAGUGCGCCACCUACAAGCCAGAGGCUUGCCGUGACGGUUACAGCGCAUGCGCAGGGGCUCCUAAAGUUAAAAUUUUUUUCAGGUUCUUCUUUGUUUCUUUCAACGUGUGUUUGUAUGUCAUAGUCUGAGAUGGAGAAAGAGGUAAAAAAAAAUUAAUGAAGUAUCGCUGUUGCGUUGCCCAGGAGGAAUCGUGCUUCGAGUACGUUAAUAAAAGCUGUGGGAAAUAAGGAAAAGGACACUAGCAUGCCUGGAUACACUGAUCUACACAAACACUACAGCAAACACGAGGCUUACUCCAACAUACACACACACACACACAGAGGCACAUACCAAAAACAUGGCUUUGACAAGGAUUUAGUAGUGAAACUUAACAUAGAAUAAAACAUCAGCCAGUAUAAAUGCAAAAUGUUCCUGAAAUUAAUGAAAUCAAAUAUAGGCCUAUGUUAAGACUUUUUUUUUAUUAUUAUUAUUUAGUUCUUUUUUUUUUUUUGUGAAAUGCCUGCAUAGCAUCUUUACCUGAGCCAAGAAUAUUUUGAACAUGCCAGGCAGGUAACACUGACUCAUUGAAUGGACUCGACUCACUCACUGAGCUCAUUGGCGUCUUCUGCGCAAGAUAGCAUUAUUGUGGACAAAUUAUAAGCAUGACGUCAAGCUAAUAAUAAACAAACAUUCAUGAUCAACUAGGCAUAUAAUCAGCAUAUUACACACACACA